ACUGACCCCCCCACUAAUCUCUCUUACCGUUAAAGAGCACCUGAUAAAUCUAUUCCUCGUCUAUCAGCCGCCUCUUACACGGCCGGCGCCACCACCAUGGCCGAUCCUAAAACGGCUCCUCCACCACAAGCAGCCCAAUCGCCGGGAAACAGUAUUGUUCUCCGCCGCAACUCCGUCGUCCGCACUCCCAGCCAGCUCAGCCUCUGCCGCAACCGCGAUUUCAGUUCCUCCUCCUUUUCCUCCUCGUGCGCCGCCACGGCGUCGUCGGAUUUAUCUUCCGCGUCGUCGCACGGCGACCUCGGAUUCGAGCUAUUCUCGAUGAAGCAGGUUCAGUACACCUCCCUGAAGGAUCUCCUGCCCUCCGCCGCCGCCGCCAACUCCCCGAGAGCCACGCCGCCGCCGGGAUCUCACCACGGAUCCGAUAUCCUUAUCCGGAAUCGCCUCGUGCAACAGGCGGCGUGGGCAUACCUUCAGCCCAUGUCCACCUCGCCGGAAUCCUCCGGCCAGAGCUUCCUACGAAAACUCGGCCACCGCUUCUCCCCCAACUCCUCCGUCGUGGCUCUCCUGGAAUUCGUCGAUCGCCACAUCCUUCUGCCGUUGACUCGCGCCGUUGACUGUCUAUUCUGUUCGAUUGGGAUUCGGCGUCUAAGAUGUUGACAAGUUUGUAUUCUCUUUUUUAAUUUUUUUUCAUCUCUUUCCCGUAAACAAAUGUUAUUUACAGAUUACAGAAUAUGUUCCAUGGUUACAUUUUGUCAAAAAACAGAAAAAAGUACAAAAAGAUGGAAAAAAAUAAACUAAAGGAACUUUU